AUGAUCGGCGUUGACCAAAAGCAUACGGUCGGACUUAUGCAACAGCAAGAACAAGCAGCACCACCAUUGACAUCUUCAUUUAUUAAUCAACUUCAAUCAUCUAUUACAACAGAUUCGUCAAAUUCUAGUAUUUUUGAUACUAAUUAUCAUCAAAAAAAGUUUAUUUCAUCAUCACGAAUAAAGCUUGGCCUCCGUUGUUCAUGUCCAUUAGAUGACAAGCAACAGCUAUUAUUCGAUGAGAUCUUUCCUAAUAAUGAACAGACAACGAACAUUAGUGAACAUAUUCUAGAUGAAUGUAUACCACGUUUAAUACAGAAUUCUUCUAAUAUAUUGAUUAUACUCUCUGGUCAACAUCGAGACAUUCAUCAAUUGCAAAGUACAGUUGUAUCAUCAACAUUAACACGUUUAUAUAAUUUUGUUAAUGAAAAUCAAGAAAAAGAUCUCAGUCUUCGUAUUGGCGUACAAGAAUUUUUAAAUAGCAAAAAAUUUGGAAAAAAAUGUUUAGUAUCGUCCGAUGAUUAUCUUGUUUCAUCUCCAAAUGAAACAUGUCAAUAUUUAAAUGAACUCUGUUCAAAUCAUCGAUUUAAUCCAUUAUUAAUAACAUUUCAUCUUAUUAAUCGUUUAUCGAAUAAUAAUUACGCAUUAUUACAUAUUCUUCUUACAAAUGAUAAUGAUAAUGAAAUAGGAAAACAACAAUUUUCCGAUAUAUUUAUGUCAUUGGCAUUAUCAUUUUCAUCAAAUAGACAAAAACAAACGUUAUAUACAUCAACAAAGCGAAACUUAACAACAGUACAAUCUUUAUCAUCGAUACUAAACGAUUAUCUAUCAACUAAUACGGAAGUAUAUUCAAAACAUUUUUUAUAUAUAUUUGCAAAUGUUAAAAACGAUAAACAAGUAAAAUAUUGGUCAAAACUUCAACGUUUAUUUCGAAUUAAAAAAAAUCGAUUAAAAAUGUCACGAGAUCGUUUUGAUUCCUAUGCUGAUUCAUCAUCCGUUGAAACAAUUACGAAUCGUAAUAAUGAUGAAAUUUGGAUUGAUGGUCCAUUAAGUUCGACGAAUUCGAAAACUGAAAUAUGGAUCGAUGGUCCACCGGAGUUUUGUUCUAAUUCAUCAAAACUUCUUCCUGUAAAAUUAAACUUUAAACAUCGAUCAAAUUCUUCUCGUCAAUAUAAAUCGAAACCUCGAUCAACUUUUUUCUCUCCUAAACGUCCUUUACUAUCAUCAACAUUGAUAUCUCAAGAAAAUAACGAAUCAUCAUCUCGAAAUUUUGAUACUGAAUCAACUGUUAGUUCUCAUUGUCAUUUACCUGUAUUACCUGUAUUUAAAGAUCAUUCAUUACUUCCAUUUCGUUCUAAUCAAACAUUACCACGAACAAAACCUUUGGUAACUACAGAACCAACAAAAAUCGAUUUAAGAUUAAGUACAAAUAAAUUAAAUGAUGAUAUGGAAGCAUUAGAAAAGACACUUGAAACACUAUUGAUUCCGUCACCUAUUGUACCGAAUCAAACUGAUACUGAUCAAUUAAGUUUAACACAAUCAUUGAAUCGUAUUGAUCAAUUAUCAUCAUCAAUGUCAAAUGAUGAAAGAGCUAAACGUUUAUCACGAAUUGUUUCACCAACACGUUUUGAGAAAUUAUUUUCUCAUAAUCAAUCAAUAGAAAAUUUUAAUUGGUUUCAUCCUCAUACACCUUCAUCAGCCGGUUCAUCAGUUCCAAAUUCACCUGUAAUUAAAUCUAAAAAUCGUCAAGUACAAACACCAUUAAAUUCUACGCCUGAAACACCUCGUCGUUCAAUAUUACCAUCAAAAAAAUCGAAAAUUCUAUCGGAUACAAAUCGUCCAACAACAAAUACUCGACCAUCGAUUUUUCAACGUUUAUUCGGUUUACGUUCAUCAUCAAAUUCACAACAACAACAACAACAACAACAACAACAACCGAUAUCAAUUGUUAUUGAUUCACCACCAUCAACACCAUUAAUUUCACCGUUACGAGUAACAUUAGAUUCACAUGAUGAUCUCAUGCCAUUAACAACAAGUAGUACAGCAUCAUCAGCAUCCGGACGUGCUAGUUCAAGUGGUUAUGAAUCAAUGAGUAAUACAGCACUUGAAGAAAUGAUAGCAUCUAUACCAAUAAUUAUGACAAAUGAAAGUAAUCCAGUCAAAUUAAGAAAUAAAUCAAUACGAAAAGAAGAACGUCGUCCGAAUAUAAAUGCAUUAUGGAGUAGUCCAGUUCUUCGUGAUAAAUCUCAUCGUCAACAACGUAUUUCUCAAUUAAAACAUCGACAAAAUGAAUUAAAAAUUGAAUUAGCAAUGACAAAAACAUUUUUACUGAUGGAUAAAAAUAAAACUUUAGAUUAUAAUGAUUCAUUCAAUUCAACAUUAAGUAAUAGUCCAAUGCAUACAAUAAUGUCAAAUAUGAAUGAAGAAGAUGAACUUGAACGAGAUAUUGAAUAUUUAGAACGACGUUUACUAUCAACUAAAACACAAUUAAUGUUUGUCACAUAUCAAAAAAAUAAACAACUAAAAUCUUAG